CUCUCUCUAAACAUGCAGAUAAUGAAGGGAAAGAUCUUCAGGGCAUGCACAGACAAGUGGAGAAAAAAGAGGAGUAGAGUCGUACCUCGUGCAGCUAGUGAGUAUUGCUGUCAAUGGGUUCUUUGUCCUCCAACACUGGAAGAGAAUUCUAUUCCAAAAGAUGUCCCAAAGGGACACUUGGUAGUCUACGUGGGUGAGAACUACAAGAGGUUUGUAAUCAAAAUAACCAUCCUUAAUCAUCCACUCUUCAAGGCUUUGCUGGAUCAAGCACAGGAUGAAUAUGAUUUCACCACUGACUCAAAACUCUGCAUCCCUUGCGACGAAAGUCUUUUUCUCAGUGUUGUUCGUUGCGCUAGCUUUCCUGACGAUCGGAAGAUCUCUGUCAUGUGUCUUUGUCUUAAAAAAUUGAUGCUCAGGACCACGGCUGGGACCGGAACUAGGGAAAUUUUGAUUGAUUCGGGUUGUGAAGAGAAUGCAUGCUGAUAUGUACCCUAAUAUGUUUUAUACCAUGUAGAGUUGUAACAUAAUUUUU